AUGUCAACAUUCUCUCGCCAAGACCAACUCCCGAGUCUUCCAGUUCCACCGUUGGUGGAAACUUUGGAAAAGUACAUCAAUUCAGCUUCUGCGCUUUUGACACCAGAUGAAAAGAAACGAAUCGAGAAGGAGGCUCACGAUUUUCAACAUUCUGAAUUGGGUGCUCAGUUGCAGUCGGCGUUGGAGAAUCGGUCGAAAAAUCAUAAGAAUUGGCUCGAAGACUGGUGGUACAAUGUGUACACUGAAAUUCGGGAUCCAUUGGCUCCCUAUGUGUCGUUUGGAGCAUUGAAUACCGUUUAUAAUUGUGUGAACGGCGGACAAAUCAGUCGAGCAGCUGACGUUUUGUAUCAUUGGAUCUCGGUUUGGGAUAAAAUUCGACAUGGAAAAUGGCCAGUAACAUCAUCUCGAGGCGUCACUUGGGACAUGGAUCAAUUCCAUCAUCUAUUUUCUUCCAACCGUACACCUCACAUGCCACGGGACACAAUUGAUCGAUAUUUCAAGACAAAAGAAGAAGGCGACACCCCAUGCCACGUCAUCGUUUGUUGUAAUGGGUGCUUCUGGAAAAUCAAUAUUCUGAAUCAAGACGACGACACUUUGAAGACGUCCGAUGAGCUUUUUAAUAUGCUCCAAUUUGUUAAGGACAACUCAUCGGAUGAGUGUUCUGGAUGCGUUAGCAAGUUGUCAACUUCUCAUAGAGAUGUUUGGACUACGAACCGCGACGAACUUCUCCGUGUGAGCGCAGCCAACAUGAGACACCUAAAAGAUGUAGAAUCAAGUAUUCUUUUCAUGUCACUGGUCCCAAAAAAUGGUGGAAACAAUCAUCAAAAACUAAUGACAGAUGCUCUUCAAGACGAGAGCUGGUUUGUUUGGCAAGACAAAUCAGUCAGCAUUACGGUUUAUGAGGAUGCGCAGGUUAUGGUUCAGGGAGAUCACUCGAACAUCGACGCCAUAGUCCUUCUCCAAGUCGGUGAUUACGCUGCUUCUCGGGUCCGAAAAGAGCUUUGGCAUCCUCAAAAAACUGGAUCCGAUCAACAUUUCGAAUUUCCAGAACGUUUGAUCUUUGAGAUCAAUGAACCAUUAAGACAUGCAAUCUCACAGGCAGAUGUUGAUUUUUAUAAAAGUAAACAACUCUAUCGCGCCCGUCCUGUCCAUUUCUUUGGAUACGGUAACGAUUUGUGUCGAACUGCAAAACUGUAUACGGAUACUGUAGUUCAGUUGGCUCUCCAAUUGGCAUUUUUAAAGACUCAUGGAAGUUUUGGACCGGUUUAUGAAACUGCUUCAACACGAAAAUAUUUUCAUGGAAGGACUGAAACUGUCAGAGGAUGUACUCAACAAUUUGUUCGAUUUGCGAAAGCGUUGACUGAUGAGAAAAAGACCGAAAAAGAGGAUCUCAAGAAGUUAUUCGACUCCGCCAUGAAUGCUCACAACCAAUUGAUGGCCGACUGUAUGGAUGGAAGAGGAUUCGAUCGUCACCUAUUGGGACUCAAACAAACUCUGACUAUCAUGAAUAAGGGAUGUGGUCCAAAACGGGCGAUCCCGAAGUUUUUGAAAGAUGACACAUGGAAGAGAACUGGUGGAGAUGGUAACUUCUUGUUGUCAACAAGUUUCAUCGGUUACAUGGACAAUGAACAACCGGGAACAAUCGGUUACGUGGCUGCCAUGAGACCCGAUGGAUACGGUUGUUUCUAUCGAAUCGGCAAAAAUCGAAUCUCUGUUGCCGUUUCUGAUUGGGUUGGCUCUCGAUCCAAUAUCGAUGCAUUCUGUGGUAAUAUUCUAUGGGCUCUCGAUGCUCUUUCUCCAUUUUUGACUCCUGCUCAGAAAUUGUGA